ACCGGAAGUUCGUCGCGCUAGUUUUAGGGACUCUAUGGUAGCCUGUGUGGAGAUAGUGUUAGAGACAGGACUGUAUGGAACUGCUGAUAGUCUUCCCACUGACUCCAGGAACGAUAUGACAUCGCUUAACCCGCAGCCAGUAAGCGGCCAUAAACAAUUCAGAGCACAGCUGAAGAAAGAAAGACGUCAGAAAAAGAGGCAGGCGCUUGCAAAAUUAAGAGCGGAAGAGGAGAAUAACAAGGAUGAACCGUGUUCUGAAGAAGAAGAAGAAGACGAUGAUGAAAUUCAGCUUGAGAUUGAAAGGCAAAGGUUACAUGAAGAAUGGCUACUUCGAGAGACGAAAGCUCAGGAGGAGUUUAUGCUAAAGAAAGAAAAAAAGGAGGCAGCAAAGAGGCGGGAAGAAGUGGAGAGACAAUUAAUAGCCGAGUGGCGUGAAAAUGAAGAAUUAAAAGAGAAGCAAGAAAAUGAGGAACAGAGGAAGAAGCGAGAAAAAGAGGAAGCCGCGCAGAGGUUGCUGGAUGAAGCGGAAAGUCAGCUUGAAAAUGGAGAUACCUGGCAUAACCCGGAGGCACCAGAAGGAUAUGGCACAGAAAAGGACCGAGCCAACUGCCCUUUCUAUCUCAAAACUGGCGCUUGCAGAUUUGGGGAAAGGUGUUCCCGUAAGCACAACUACCCGUCUUCCAGCCAAACUCUCCUCAUCCGCAGUAUGUUUGUUACAUUUGGCAUGGAACAGUGUAGGAGGGAUGAUUACGACACAGAUGCCAGUCUGGAAUAUGGCGACGAGGAAAUUUACCAACAUUUCCUCGAGUUUUACGCUGACGUAGUGCCUGAAUUUAAGAGUGUGGGCAAAGUUGUCCAGUUUAAGGUUAGCUGCAACUUUGAGCUGCACUUAAGAGGAAAUGUAUAUGUUCAAUAUCAGACGGAAGAAGAGUGUUUGAAGGCCUUUACUCAGUUUAAUGGAAGAUGGUAUGCUUCUCGGCAGCUUCAGUGUGAAUUCUCUCCUGUAACAAGAUGGAAAACUGCCAUAUGUGGUUUAUUUGAAAGGCAAAAAUGUCCCAGAGGCAAGCACUGCAAUUUCUUACAUGUGUAUAAAAACCCAAACAAUGAAUUUUGGGAGGCCAAUAGAGACAUUCACAUCUCACCAGACAGAUCUACAGUAUCUGAGAGAAAGGAGCGAUCAAGCCGGCAUGCAGAUCAUGGACACCAUCGAAGGUAUCACAGCCCUAGUCCAGAUUACUCCUAUAAUAGAAAUGGAGAUUCCAAGAGGAAGAAGAGCAGCCACCAUGACAAAAACAAAAAGAAACACCGCUCUCGUAGAUCGAGAAGCCAAGAAAAGAAAACACGUAGCGGCGGUGGCAAGAAAAAACACAAGCACAAAAGCAGAGCUUCCUCCAGGUCCAGAAGCCGAGGCAGGAAACGAUCAAAAAGCAAGGAGAGAAGUAAGAGCAACAGUUCUUCCAGGUCAAGAAGCCAAGGCAGGAAACGCUCAAGAAGUCCGGAAAUAAGCAAGAACCAAACAACUUCCAGAUCAAGAAGCCGUGGCAGGAAACGGUCAAGAAGUCCGGAAAUGAGCAAGAGCCAAACAACUUCCAGAUCAAGAAGCCGUGGCAGGAAACGGUCAAGAAGUCCGGAAAGGCAAAGGAGCAAGAGCAGAGAUCCUUCCAGUUCUAGAAGCCAAGGAAGAAGGCGGUCAAAAAGUCAAAGUCCAACAAUACCCAAAUAGUUGUUGUUUGAUAAGAUUCUCUCGGAAUAUUCUGAUGGUCCCUGCUGCCAUAUGGUCUCCAAGUCAGGCUUGUUGGAAAGAAACCUGCACCAGUGAUCCAGACUCAAAUGACAGCAUGAGUUAUGGUUGUGCACUGCUGCCGACGCAUAAUGAAUCAACCCGAGUGCAAAUCUUUGUUACAUAUGUGACCUUUUGUAUAUUUAUAUGAAUAGGAAUUUGUAAAUACUUUUAAAUAAAAUGUUUCGAAAGAUCCA